AUGAAAUUAGGAUAUAAUGAAAUAAUGAUAACAUCAAUGUAUUUUAAUGAUAUUAAUGACUUUAUUAAUUUAGAAAUGGGUGUUAAAAGAUUUAGAGGAAAUAUUGAACGAUUUCAUUUUAAUCCAAUUCCAUUAAAUAAAUAUUCAAGAAAAUUAUUUACUAACAUUGAAACAUUUCAUAUUUAUAAUAAAUAUGAUGAAAUAUUUAAUGAUGGAAAAAUAUUUAAAAAAGUAAUAUGGUAUAAAGUAAGUUAUUCAACAUAUUUACAAGAGAAAGAACAAGGAAAUGAAUGUAAAAAUAUAGAAUAUACAGAAGAAGAUAGAAAAUCAUAUGGAAAUACAAUACCACCAGAAGUUAAAUCACUUGGAUAUCAGUGUUUUAGUGGUUGUGAUUCAUUAGCAUCAAUUAAUAUACCAACAACAAUUAAUGAAAUAGGAGAUUGUUGUUUUAUUGGAUGUUCAUCAUUAAAAUCAAUUAAUAUUCCAUCUUCAAUUAAUGAAUUAGGAAAUGAUUGUUUUUAUUAUUGUAUAUCAUUAAAAUCAAUUAAUAUAGAUAAUAUACAAUUUAUUAGUCAAGAAAGAAUAUUUAUGAAUGAACCAGUGUUAAUUAAUUGUGAAAUACCAGAAAAUCUAGAAAUAAUCAAUGGAAAGAAUAUUUGCAAGAAAGAUAUUAAUGAAUUUAUUAUUCCAUCUUCAAUUACCAAAUUAGGAUAUAAAUGUUUUUAUGGAUGUGAAUCAUUAAAAUCUAUUAAUAUUCCAUCAUCAAUUAUAAAAAUAGGAGAUUGUUGUUUUAGAUAUUGUUCAUCAUUAAAAUCAAUUAAUAUACCAUCAUCAAUUAGUAAAAUAGGAAAUUAUUGUUUUAAUUAUUGUACAUCACUAAAAUCAAUUAAUAUACCAUCAUCAAUUACAUCAUUUGGAUAUGGAUGUUUUUAUGAAUGUGGAUGUGAAGAAGAAUUAAAGAAAAAUAAAAGAAUACCAAGAAAAUGUUUUGAAUUAUGA